AUGUUCACGUUUAUUUUUCUUUUGAGUAUCUUUAUCUGUUUAUUGCUGAUCUAUCUGCUUCAUAUCUAUCGAUGUUAUUCAUUUUUUGAACAACUCGGUAUCAAGGGCCCACGGCCAACGUUUCUGCUCGGUAAUCUGGCAGAUUUCAUUCGAACAAAACGUAUCUCCAUGUCCAUUCACAAUUGGACUCAGCAAUUCGGUCAUAUUUACGGUUACUUCGAAGGUCACACUCCGGUACUUGUUGUGUCUGAUCCCGAUAUUCUCCAUGAAAUUUUCAUCAAUCAUUUCUCGAAAUUUCAUUCACGUCGUCAAUUUCCAUUGGAAGAUCGUCGAACAACAAAAGGCGUUCAUCUAUUCAGUGCAACCGGUGAUCAAUGGCGACGUCAACACGCAAUUAUCGCUCCGACGUUUUCACAGCUCAAAAUGAAACGUAUGUUACCACUUAUCGAAAGUUGUGUGCAAAAAUUACUGAUGAAAUUGGAAGAAAGUAUGAAAACAUCCGACGAAGGUUUUGACAUUUACAAAUCAUACAAAUCGUUAACAAUGGAUCUCAUUUGGCGAUGUUGCUUCGGCAUUGAAACCAAUAUGCAAAAUGAUCCAAAUGAUCCUUAUUUGAAACGUUCUCAAGAUGUCUUCGCAAGAGAAAAUUCGACUUAUUUAGCAACUAUAUUGGCCAUAUUCAUUCCAGAAUUACAGCCAAUCUGGCUGCGUAUACAUUGCUGGAUGAAUAGCAUCAAGACGCAAUUGCGCUGUUUAUUACCCAUGGGCGAAAAAUUAAUUGAUGAUGAUCCAAAUGAAUGGUUAAAGAAUAAUGUUAGUUAUUUUAUUGAAAAAGCGUUAACAUGUCAGAAGAGUAAGAGUGAUUAUAAUGAGAACAUCAUCAAAUCGCCUGAUUUGUUACAAUUGAUGCUUGACGCGACACUUGACACGGAAUUCCGUGAAAUACAUCAGCAUAGCGCAUCUGAACGAGUUCUAUCGAUCGAUGAAGUCAAGCAAAACAUUUAUCUAUUCAUGAUCGCUGGAUAUGAAACAGCCAGCACAGCUCUUGCUUAUAUCACACAUGUAUUAGCAACACAUCCCGAAGAGCAGAAGAAAUUACAAGACCACAUUGAUUAUUAUCUCGAAGAUCGCUAUGAUUUGGAUUAUGAAGUUAUUCAUAAAAUGAACUAUCUCGAAUGGUUCAUUCAAGAAACACUACGGAUGUAUCCCAUUACAUCUAUCAUUAUCAAUCGAGAAUGUUCCGAACCGAUUGACUUGCCAGGAUUAGGUCAAAUACAUCCCGGAACGAAAGUUACAUUGGAUAUGUACAGUUUACAUUUUGAUAAUGAGCUAUGGGGACCCGUAGACACAAAAACAUUCUAUCCAGAAAGAUUUGCCACGAAACGACAUGCCGCAGCAUGGAUUCCGUUCGGUGUUGGUCCACGUAAAUGCAUUGGAAUGCGCUUUGCACUCACCGAAAUGAAAAUAACGAUCAUUAGACUUCUGCAGAAGUUCACAGUACUACCAACAACAGUCAAGAAUGAUGAUGAUUUAGAACUGGUUGAACUAGUGACAAUAUCUCCCAAACAAGUUCCAGUACAACUGCAGCAACGAAUAAAAGGCUAA